UCACUAGCGGGGAAGUCACCAGUGGGAAGAGCUGGCAAAGACGGAAAAGAGGGAAAGAUAGGCAGGAGACACGGACGGAGACAGGGAGGCAGACACGGAAAAACAGGGAGACACCCCUUGAAGACAGCUUCAAAUCAUAUCUGGGAUUCAGUUGCGCUCCGAGGCGUCACUUUGAUGGCUGACAGCAGCAGAAAAACUGGAGAAGAUCUGUGACUGGCCUUUUUUCUUCUUUCACAACGAGGGGGUCAACACAGCCGCAUUGAUCCCAUCAUCCCAGGCUUUGUGGAUCACCUCGGCCUCUUUAUCUAAAGAGAUUCCCCCCGUAGAUUGCUACUUCAUAACAAAGCCUAUGGAUUACAGAGGGUGUUGGAAAGGCUUUGAUCACAGCUAUGUCAAUACAGUGACCCAACCCAAGUGAAGAGGAGCUUCUUUUUAUUUUUUUUGCUGUUUUUGCGAAUCAGUUCGACCGGGACUUUCAUCGGUUACAUGUUUUAUUUGAUCAGCUGCUUUUUUUGACCCAAACACUCUCACGCGCAGCACCCAGCUCUUCUUCCGCCCACCAUGUACGGUAGCUCCCGCUCCGUCUCCAAGCUGGACGCCGUAGGCUCCAACGGUAACGGCUCCGUGUCCGGGAGUCCCGGCCGCUCGCCACGCCUACCGCGCUCCCCUCGUUUGGGACACCGGCGGAACAACAGCAGCAGCUCCGGCGGCGGACUCACCGGCACGGGAAAGACUCUGUCCAUGGAGAACAUUCAGUCCCUGAACGCUGCCUAUGCCACUGGGGGUCCCAUGUACUUCACCGACUCAGUCGAUGACCCGGUGGGGAGCAUGGGCAGCGGGCUGAAUCCCAGUGUGCCCAAAAGCACCAUGACUCUGGGUAGAGCCGGAGCCAGGGUGCCGUAUGGGGUGAGGGCAGCGGUGAUGGGGAGCAGCCCGAAUAUAAACACAGGAGGAGGGGGCAGCAGCGCCGCCCUCAUGCCCGCUGAUGCCAUAGCAUUUGGAGGGGAGCUGCAGAACCAGCCUCCACAAGCAGCCACUGUUCCUCACUCCAUGAGACAGGUCAGAGAAGGCGCAAUGUCAGACCUGCAAACGCAGCUAAGAGAAGUGCUUCGAGAAAACGAGCUGCUGCGCAGAGAGCUGGAGGGCAAAGAGUCCAAGCUGAGCUCCUCUAUGAACUCCAUAAAGACGUUCUGGAGUCCAGAGCUGAAGAAAGAGAGAGCGCUGAGGAAAGACGAAGCCACUAAGAUGGCCGUGUGGAAGGAGCAAUACAGGGUGGUGCAGGAAGAGACACAGCAUCUUCAGUGCACCAUCCAGGCCUUACAAGACGAGCUCAGGAUCCAGCGCGAUCUCAAUCAGCUCUUCCAAUCCGAUUACUCGGAGUCCGGGCGACUUGGCGCCCAGCCCAUUCCCCCUCAGGAGAUGACCGAGGAGAACUUCCUUCGUCUCCACAGCGAGUUCGAGCGGCAGGCCAAGGAGCUCUUCCUCCUGAGGAAGACUGUGGAAGAGAUGGAGCUGAGGAUAGACACGCAGAAGCACACUUUGACCGCCAGGGAUGAGUCAAUAAAGAAGUUGCUGGAGAUGUUGCAGAGUAAAGGUCUGUCGUCGCGGGCAACAGAGGAGGACCACGAGCGAACGAGGCGACUCGCUGACGCAGAGAUGACCAUCCACCAACUGGAGGGGCUGCUGGAGCAAAAAGACAAGGAGAUGCUUCAGCUCAGAGAGGAGCUUCACAGGAGAUACGAAGCAGCGCCAGAAUCGACCAAGACCAAGGCCCUGCAGACUGUUAUUGAAAUGAAGGAUGCAAAGAUCAGCUCCAUGGAGCGCGGCAUGAGGGAGCUGGAGGAGGAGGUGAUGAUGCUGAAGUCCAACGGCGCUCUGAGCAGCGAGGAGAGGGAGGAGGAGAUCAAACAGAUGGAGGUCUACAGAUCCCACUCCAAGUUUAUGAAGAACAAGGUUGAACAGCUGAAGGAAGAGCUAACUCGCAGCCAAUCAGAGAAGGAGGAGCUAAGGCAACGAGCCAAUGAGCUUCAGCAGGAGGUGUCUGCAAUGGAGCAGGCAAAACAGGAGCUGAGCCGCAAAGACAGCGAGUUGCUAGCUCUCAGGACCAAACUGGAGACUCUGAACAACCAGUUUUCUGACAGCAAACAACACGUGGACGUACUCAAGGAGUCGCUCACUGCCAAGGAGCAGAGAGCUGCCAUACUGCAGACCGAGGUGGACGCCUUGCGUCUUCGCCUGGAAGAGAAGGAGUCCCUGCUCUCGAAAAAGAGCCAGCAGAUGUCGGAGCUGACGGAGGAGAAGAGCACCCAGCAAGGGGAGAUCACUGAUCUCAAAGACAUGCUCGAUGUCAAGGAGCGCAAAGUGAACGUGUUGCAGAAAAAGAUCGAGAACCUCCAGGAUCAGCUGCGGGAUAAGGAGAAGCAGCUGAGCGGUCUGAAAGACAGAGUCAAGUCGUUGCAGACGGACACGUCAAACACAGACACCGCACUGGGAACGCUGGAGGAAGCUCUGGCUGAGAAGGAGCGGAUUAUCGAGCGGCUGAAGGAGCAGCGAGAAAAGGAGGAGAGAGAAAAGGGAGACGAGAUGGAGACCACUAAGAAGGAGCUGAAAGAGUUGAGAGAAAAAGUCUCUCUGCUCCAGGCUGAGCUGGCUGAUCGCGAGACGUCGGUGUUGGACCUGAAGGAGAAAGCCUCCUCGCUCGCAUCCUCGACUCUAAAGAAGGAGAACAGGCUGAAAAGUCUGGAAAUCAACCUGGAACAGAAAAAGGAAGAGUGCAUCAAGCUGGAGAACCAGCUCAAAAAGGCUCAAAGCGCGGCAGCGGAGUCGCAGGCCAGCGCUGAACUUACCGAACGCAUCUCGUCCCUGGAGCAGGAAGUGACCCGGUGUAGAGAGGAGGCCGGGAAGGCCCAGUCUGAGGUGGAGCGACUCCUGGAGAUCCUCAGGGAGAUGGAGAAUGAGAAGAACGACAAGGAGAAAAAGAUCCAUGAACUGGAGAGAAACCCGUCAGCCCCUCAUCUGUGGCGUCCACAGCAGUCGCAAAAGCAGGCCCCUCCCCCCGCUGCCUCUCAGCAGCCAAUGGGGGGGCUGGUGUGGGACUACCUGGGCACUCUUGCCUCAAGGCAAAUUAAGGACCAAUCGAAGAAGGUCGCCAACCUGAAACACAAGGAGCAGCUGGAAAAGAAUCGAAAUGCCCAGCUGAUGGAGGACGCCAAGAAGCGUGAGGACAACCUCAACGAAAGUUCUCAGCAAAUACAGGACUCCCUCCGUCAGAAGGAGGAGCGCAUUGAGGAGUUGGAGGAAGCGCUUCGGGAAAGCGUUCAGAUCACAGCAGAGAGAGAGGUGGUGCUGGCCCAGGAGGAGCAGGCCCGCUCGCAUGCCGAAAAGCAGGUGGAGGACCUGCUGGUCGCCAUGGAGAAGGUGAAACAGGAACUGGAGGUGAUGAAAGCCAAGCUGUCAUCGACCCAGCUCUCAUUGGCUGAGAAAGAAGGUCAUCUGACCGCCCUGCGAGCCGAGAGGCGGAAGCAUCUGGAGGAGGUCCUGGAGAUGAAGCAAGAAGCACUGCUGGCUGCCAUAAGCGAGAAGGAUGCCAACAUCGCUCUGCUGGAGCUCUCCUCAUCCAAAAAGAAGAAAACCCAGGAAGAGGUGUCAGCCCUGAAGAGAGAGAAGGACAGCCUGGUUCAGCAGCUCAAGCAGCAGACGCAGAACAGGAUGAAGCUGAUGGCCGACAACUACGAGGACGACCAUCUGAAAGUGGCGUCUCUGAACUCUGACCUGCCCAACAAUCACAAGCCCUCCCCAGAUCAGUCUGCCAUAUUGUACAGAAGGAUUCUCUCUCCUCUCCUGGACCUCAAUCAGAAUCGCAAUAAACUAAAGCUGUACAUAAGUCACCUGACCUCACUGUGUCAGGAGCGUGACCCAAUCAUAUUGCAGGACUUUGCCCCGCCCCCAUCUUAUCGCCGUUCUGACUCCGCCUCCUGGCACACGCAGCUGCACAGCAUGUCAGAGGAGCAGUUGGAGGCGGAGUUGGCGUUGUGUGAGAAGGAGGAGGCGGAGCUCCAGGAGUACGCCAAUCAGGUCCUGCAGCAGAUCGCCGACCGGUGCCCGGACAUUUUGGAACAAGUCGUCAAUGCCUUGGAGGACAGCUGCUGACUGACCUUUGCACACACACACACACACACACACACACACACACACGCUCACAGACUGACUGGAAAAGAAAAAAAAAUAAAUCACACUCGCUUGCAUGCAAAAGUCAAACAUUGAGCACGAACACACCGGGGAAAAAAAAUAAAAUAAAAAAAAAUCACAUCUCCUGCCAUCCGCCACAAUCCUCUUGAAACAGAAAGAAAAUCAACGUUGAAGAAGUUCAACUGUGCUUUAGUUGUUCUAAUUUAAGAGGAAUGCUGGUGUUACAUCGCUACCGAAAACACAUUUCCAAUAUCAACAAACUGUGCCAGCUGAUGGAAGCGAUGUCCCUUGGUCAGUUUAAAGUGCUUUAUUGGCAGAUUAAAUCAGAAUAGAUAUAUUUUUCUAACUCUUCUUAGAAAGAAAGCACUUCUGCUGCACUGACCAUCUGUUACACUAACCAUCUUGUAAGUCCUGGCUGGUGGCUGCGGUUCCACUCUGGGAAAAUGUUUUCAACCCGAGAAAGAGGCGUUAAAAAAAAUAAAAAUAAAAAAUAGUUAUUUGGGCUUGCCAGGCUGCUUCUGAUGCUAGACUUGCACGUUGUUGCCACAUUUUUUAAAAUUAUUAUUAUUUGAUCAAUUUGAGCGUGUUUAUUUCAGCUGCCUUUUGCUAUUUGCAUCAUUUGCUGCUAUCUUUUUUUUUUUACUUUUAGUCAGUUUUUGUUCCUUCCUCUGCAGGUGUUUGAUAAAAAAUUUCCAAAUGUCUUCAGUACCUUCUACACCUAUAGAACCCUGGUAAGGAUUGGUAAAGCGCUUCAAAACAAACAAGGGUUUUUUUUGGUUGUUUUUUGUUCUUUUUUUUUUUUUUUUUUUUUGCAGUAAUAUAUUUUUUCUGUUCUGCCUUUUGUACUUUGUACAGCCCUCUUCUUCUUAUUUGACAAAACGUAGACCUCUAAUACAACGCCACAAGGUAGAAGCAUCUUUAGAUAGAGAUUGUUAUUGGGAGAAAGUUGACUUUUCCAAAGGUUUUGGCUCUUUAUCGUGUUAAAAUGUUAUAAAGGCAACUUUUUCUAGCAGAGAGACGACUAGAUUUUAGUUACGUUUUUGUAACGACGUUUCCAGGACCUUUGGAGGAGAAAACGGCAUCAUAGGUCCUUCAUGUAUUUAAUUGUUUCAUGGCAAAUUAACCUAAUCUAAUAGCUAAAUUCUGAUGUGGAGCUCAGUCACACCACCAGAUUAAACCUGGAUUAACAUUGUGUCCAAGUUAUAGUUAUUUUAAACAUUUCAGCCACUCCAAAUAUUGACGAGUUUAAGCAUGUAGCUAUUUCUGUUAUUGACUGUUGAAGAUCAAAAUGCAUAUGCCUUAAAAAAAUGUUGUGCUUUUUUUUUUUUGUCUUAUCUUUUUUUGAACAAGUUAUGUGUCUUAAGAAAAAUGAGUGAUGAAUUUAAAUGUUAAUAUUUCUUGACGUGGCUUUUCCUCUGCUUAAAAAUUAGAUUUCGUCCAAAGCCGUUUUUAUCCUUCUCUACCAGAGGUUUGAUUAAAUGCGGAAGGCUCUCUGGUUUCCUGCAAAUCGUCGUGCAAAUUGUCAAGGAGUUUGUUUAAUUAACAUCACGGCGUCUCAGUUUGCCGUCUGUCGUCGCCGCAUCUCGCAGCAGAACCUUUACUCAAACACUUGGACGUACUGUAAACGCGGAUCGCUUAUGUGGAAACCAAAACAUCUGUGGUUUAGUCACGUCGUCCAGACUGAAAUCAGGUUGACUUCAAAUAAUUCCUCAGCACAUCUUCCUCCUGAGCGUCCCUUUAGAGUCAGUAAGAGGUCAAAUCGCUUCUGAAACGUCAUUGUUUCUUUCCGAGAAGUAAGUGUUAUAUAUAAAUACAGAUAUAUUUUUCUUGUUUCUUUUAAAAGUAUGCAUUAAAAAAAAGGUGUAACCUUGGUUGGUCUGCUUCACAUGGUGUCAAACUCUUGUUUCUUUUUGUCAUUUUGUGAAUAAUUGGGUGUUUUGUUAGACUUUGUUUCCACCGGGAAGACUUUUCAAAGUUUCUUGUCGAGUUCAACACUGACAGUAUUGGCAUGGUCCAGAGCUGCAGAUUAUUUCAAGUAAACAUUAUUUUCCUUCUUUUGAAUCGGCCGUGUGAGUUUCGAGGCUGUGUCUUGUCUGUCUUGAGGUUUUUCUUUUCAAAACGUCACCUGGUUGGACACGAAGCUGGAAGACUUGGAUUUAUGACGUGUCCUCAAAUCUAACUGGUUUUUAAGUUAUGAAGGUUAUGCUUUUUGGACUCUUGAGCUGAUUUAUAUGCACGAGAGUCAGCCCUUGGCUUCUUAAGUGAAACAUUUAUUGAUCCCACAGAUUUUAUGGAUGGUUUGAAAACCCAUGUGUGUCUCAUUUAAGGAAGAGACCCAGUCAGAUUUGAGCUUGUGUGUAAAUUCCUUCUUCUGUUUUCUGUUUUUUUUGUGUGUGUGUGUUUUUCUAUUUUUACUGAUUGUGUCCAUUACUGGGAAGGAUGCUGGCUGCAACUCACUUUGAACUUGUUGUGGAUCGAAAAAUCAGAAUGUGAGAGAAUAAAAUGAAUAAAUUAAUGCUUUAUCUUCA